AGGGGCCAUGGCACACUAGGAGACGCCAUCCAAGCAGAGCAAGUGGAGCAAGGCAGGUCACAGAAUUGUCCAGCUUCUUUUCAACAAACCAAGGACAUUCAGGACCAGAUAACAAGAAUUGAAAAAGCCAAAAGAAUGGACAACCACACUUACAACUACCCGUCCGACUGCACCCCUCUCACCAACUGCAAGUCGGCCCGCAAGCCGGCGGGUUCCACCGUGGUGAAUAUGGGCACCGCAGGCAAGAAGCCACCCAGUGACUACCUAGUCUGGUCCCUGUGCAACACCCUGUAUGUCAACUUCUGCUGUCUGGGAUUCAUGGCUCUCAUCUACUCCAUUAAAGUGAGUUCUUUACAAGGUUUAUAUCUCUCUCACUUUUUACAAGUCUCUAUAUCUCUCUCUCUUUCCCCAAGUCUCUAUAUCUCUCUCUUUCCCCAAGUCUCUCUAUCUCUCUCUUUCCCCAAGUCUCUAUUUCAACCUGUCUCACUAAUUAUUAUGUUGUAGCUGUUGUAUUGUUAGCUAAAAUAGAGGCAACACAGAGAUAGGUUGAACAGCCAGCAUAAGUUGAACACAAAUAAUGAGUGUUAAAUUGCAUCCAUUCAAAGCCCAUGUUUACAGCUGCCAUACAGUACUAUAUAACUGUACUAAUAUUGAGACUCCUGUAAGAUACAUGCACUGUCUAAGGCUUCUCCAUAAGCCAAACUAGAUGAGGGAGUCUGUGUGUCCUGCACCACAGGAAUGGGGGAUGUGGACUGGGAACGCAAGAAGCCAGCAGGCACAGUGGCCCAAAAUCACUUCCCCUGUAAUGAAACAGAGCCCAAAUUAGAGAUGAGCACCACCACUGGCAGCCUGACUGACAGACUGAAGGGUUUAAAACUAGCGUAAUUGGCAUCUUACUAAUAGGCAAGUGCUGAUGGGAGAUUAAAGACUAGCAUGGGGGAAGCAGGAGUACCAUACCAGAGUACAGACAUGCUCCAGGGGAGAAUAUGAAUGUAGACACAGAUCUAGGAUCAGUUUGCCAUCCAAUUCUAAUUCUAAACCUAACUAUUUAGGCAAGAAAAACUGACCUAAAAUCAGUGUCUACAGCCAACUACAUUUUUCUCCAAAUAAACCAGAUAUGUUAUUAGUGGGCAGAAAUAUGGCAAAUGUCUUAGACCAAUGUUUUCCCCGGUACAAUUACUUACUUGGGCAGGCCUCCAGUCCUGCUCUAUUCUACCUGCAUAAAACAUGUCCCAAAGUAAAAAAUGUGGUUCCUGCUGCUAUAGAUGAUGGUUAGUAAUCCUCUGUGUCUUUAUAAGAACUAAUCUAGAGGAAACACUGCUUAGACUUCAACCAGUGUAUUCGCCAAGAAAUACAGGUGUAUAAACCUGGUCAUAAGACAUACAUGAUGGGCCUGUGUAGGUUGAAAAGGGAGGGUAUAUUACUGGUAAUUUUCUAGGUUUACCAGUAAAUUACUGGAAUUUUUGAAACUUUCAAGGAUUUCAUGACAUUUUCAUAACAUUUAAUAGAAAAUAGGAUUAUAAAAAUAGAAAAAAAUAGAAUGACAAAGCUGUAAAACAUUUUCCUAAAUGUAACCCAUAAACUUGGUGAAUACCGUUUGGUGUUUAAUAUGAGGGUUUCAGUAUUAAAUAUUAUUUAUAUUUUUACACACUUUUAUUUAUUUUACUAUGUCACUAUGUCUUUGUUGUAUAUGCUUUGUCGCCAAACUGGUGGCAGUUGUGAAAAAAGUAAAUAGCUGGAAGAGUUGCAGAGUAAAAAUGUUGCCAUUGUUAAUUGGAUGCUUUUUUCAUUAAUUACGCUAUUUUCUCUUUAAACAUAUAGUCUAUCCACUAGAAACACAUGGACAAUAUGGACACAGAUCUAAAUAUUAAGAAAAUAUAUAUAUAUUUUACAUGAACAUAUUACCUCUUAAUUACCAUAAUUACAUAAUACAUACGUUUGUGUCAUUAUGACAUAAUUUUCAAUUGAACCAUAUCCAGAGAUUGAAAAAACAUUAUCCUAAAACCUAUCAUUAUGAUAACAUUAGAAAACGUACAUCAGAGGCCUCUCCUAAUUUAAGCCCUAUCAAUAAAUUAACUCUCUCGCUCUCUCUCUCAAUUCAAUUAAAGACACUUUUUUUUUAAAGGCACUACAUUGCUUUUAACAUUUGCUUCUCUCUCCUGUCCAGGCCAGGGACCAGAAGACCCAGGGGAACUUGCAGCUGGCCCAGGAGUGCUCGGACAAGGCCAAGUGGUACAACAUCCUGGCGGCAGGCUGGAACCUGUUGGUGCCCCUGUUGGUGGUGGUGCUGCUGGUACUGCUGCUGGUACACCUGGGCACCUCACAGGGCUCCUUCGACUUCUUCGGAGAGGACGGCUUCCAGAGCUUCAUGAAACUCUUCAGCAGGUAGAGAGACAGAUGUAGAGAAACAUACGUAGAGGGUUAUAUACUCUGUCUGUUAAACAAUGUUGAAAUACACAAAAAAAGUCUGUAUUACUCAUAAUACUUGCAGCAGGGUUAAUCUGAAAACUUGAGGAUUAUUCAUGCAGAUUUAAACAACGCACUUCUAAAAUGUGUUGUAUGACAUUCAAUCGUGAGCUGCAGUAGGCUAUUCUAAACCUUUUUGGAACAGGGAUUAUGCGCCACCUGUCAAUUAAACAUUUUAUGUUUUUGGGGCGAUUUAGCACACAUUGAAGGCUGGUUAGUGGACAGAAGAUAUCGAAGAACAGAAUGAUAGGAGAUAGGAUAUAAUUAAAGGAGAAGACGGUGGAUGGAGACUGGUGGAUGCUUCCCUAAAAGCCACCCGACAUCGGACUAAUGGCCUCUUUUCAUCAUGGGUCACUUUUUUUCCUUUAUAAUUAUUAUUAAGACAUGAAUUAAUUAUUGUUCUAAUGUACUGUAAUAUUAUUAUUGCUGUUAUUUUUUAUUGGUAGCUGUAUUGUUAGCUAAAGGUUAGUAUCAUUGUCACUGCAUUGGAUCUUGACCAUUUCUAGACCCCUUUGUGAAAAACAAAUGUGAGAAAGUAAAAUAAAACAUUUAACAACCACAGAA